AUGCCUCGACCGAAUCCUCCGCCCACCCCGGGCUCGUCAAGCGAUAUUCGCGGCAAGGAAGGGCCCCCGGGCGCUCCUGCCUUCAAUCUGCCUCCCACUGCGUUUCAGGAGCCAGAUCGGGCAAGCACGAGCUCUGCGACACCUUCUGCCAAUGGCUCCGACUCUUCCUACCGUCCUGUCUCCCCAAGCUCGCCCGCCGAUGUGUCGAGGAAGAGGGCUGCUACCCAGGCUGGACCUGUCAUUACCAAAGACGACUUCAGCCUGCCCCCUCCACCCACCAGGACUCGCAAGAUCAUUCAGAUGAAGCCCAGGGAAAGUGAACAGCAAGAGCCCGUACCCGUACCUGCCUCGCAGCAACAACCGGCGGGGAAGGCGCAACCCGCUCAAUCGGGUAGCAAGCGCAAGCAGAACAAUGCGGGCACUACGGCAGCUGGAAGGAAGAUCGCUCGCAAGACUGCGCACAGCCUGAUCGAGAGGAGGAGGAGAUCGAAAAUGAACGAAGAAUUUGGCGUGUUGAAAGACAUGAUACCGGCCUGCAAGGGCCAAGAGAUGCACAAGCUCGCUAUUCUGCAGGCAAGCAUUGAGUAUCUGCGGUACUUGGAACAAUGCGUCUCGGACCUGCAGGCGAACAACAACUCACCCCGCCCACAACCUCCCCCAACUUCAACCAGACCCGCCGAGGACGAGGAGGAUGAGGAUGAAGACGAGGAGAUGGAGGACGACCAAGAAGACGCUGGAACGUCCACACCCAACACUGCUGCACCCGCCAAAUCGAACUCUGGCAUCUCUCUGCCUUCCCUCUCACAAAUAACCACGACCACCACAACAUCGCCCUCGAUCUUCUCGUCGGGUGCUGGUCGGCAUUACUCGAUAUCCUCAGCAGCCAGCAGCUACUCCCCAUACUUCCACUCGAACCAGGCCUCUCCAGCUUUCGGUCCUCAACUCCACCACGUCUCGACCGCACCACCCUUUGGCAGCCAAUUCGGUCUUGGCAGUCCCGCCCUCAAACCCGUCGACUCUGCCUCUCAGCUCCGACACAUCGCAGAGGGCGCGACCGAGUUGUCGGAAAAGCAACGUCAAGCGGCCAAGAGUGGGCGUAGUGAGCAGGAGCUCGAUCAAGAAGCCACCGCGGCAUUGUUGAUGCUCAACCACGACCGACGAAACUUCCGUGCGGCCCAUGAGCCUGACACUAGCCGUGCCAGCACCGGCAUGAGCGUGCGGGAUCUUUUGACGGGAUGA